GGAGAGCUGUAGAAAUGAAUUCCUGAACUCACUGGAGCUCCUCCAGUCAGAAUAUAAAAGCCGAGCAGUCCCACAGCUGCAACAGAAAGCAACACAGGAGAAAACACACACUUUACCCAGAGGACACAACACAGAACACACACUGGACAUGCUCUGCUCUCAUGGAUUCCAGUCUGCCAGUCUCAGUCCAGUCAUGGAUUUCUACUGGCUUGCACGCAGUCUGAGGUCAGAGGUCAAACCUCUGCUCUACCAGCAGGAUCUACUGCAGAGAAACCUACCUGAGCUGCACAGCAGUCUGGAGCGGAUCGACAAACUUCAGCACGAGAUCCUGUAGGAGAUGGAGCCCUCCCGACCGUUCUCCUACCAGCUGGAGAAGGAUGGAGACCAGUUCGGCCUGAGCCUGGACACCCGAGGCUUUUCUCCAGAGGAGCUGUCCGUCAGACGGGUAGGCUGGAUGCUGAGAGUCAGCGGGGAGACAGAGAAGGAGCAAGAGGACGGGAAAGGCUCCCACUCUUACAGACGCCAGGAGGUCAGACAGGAGUUUGAUCUGCCUGAAGGGCCGAACUCAGACGCCGUCACCUGCUACCCGGCUCCACAUCAAGGCAGCCCCAGCUCCAUGUGUGGAGGAGGCUGAGAGAGUGCUGACUAUCAGGAGGAGCUUGGAGGAGGAAACACAGCAGAGUGUGUGUUCACACACAGAAGGCAGCGGUACAGAGACACACAGAAGCACACAGGACCAACCUGAAAAUAUUGAGUUAUGUUGCUGCAACAAUUCAUAGUAUAAGUUUCUGUAUUGGUAUGAUCAAUGAAUG